UUUCCGGUUCACAGUAUAAUUUUUUACCCUGUCCUCCAUCUUCUUUACGUGAUUUAACCAGUAGGUGUAGUUGGACAAAUCCGCGUAGAAACAUUAAUAGCUAUGCUGUCAGUUCGCGUUGCCGCGGCCCUUGUCCGCACCCGGGCUGGAUUUGUUUCCAAAAAUGUUUAUGCUGCUGCAUGUGUAGGAGCCAGGCACCUGCACACCACAAAGCCAUGGAUGGCCAAGACGGGAACAGCAGAGGUCUCGUCCAUUCUGGAGGAGAAGAUCCUGGGGGCUGACACUAGCGCUGACCUGGAGGAGACUGGUCGCGUGCUGUCCAUCGGUGAUGGUAUUGCCAGAGUGUAUGGUCUCAGGAACGUGCAGGCUGAGGAGAUGGUGGAGUUCUCCUCCGGGCUUAAGGGCAUGUCUCUGAACUUGGAGCCUGACAAUGUCGGUGUUGUGGUGUUCGGUAAUGACAAGCUCAUCAAGGAGGGCGAUAUUGUCAAGAGAACCGGAGCCAUCGUGGACGUGCCAGUCGGUGAACAGCUGCUGGGUCGUGUGGUGGACGCUCUGGGAAAUGCCAUCGACGGCAAGGGUCCCCUUGGGUCCAGCAUCCGUAGGCGUGUGGGUCUUAAGGCCCCUGGCAUUAUCCCCCGUAUUUCUGUGAGAGAGCCCAUGCAGACUGGCAUCAAGGCCGUGGACAGCCUGGUGCCCAUUGGCCGAGGUCAGCGUGAGCUGAUCAUCGGUGACAGGCAGACUGGCAAAACCGCCAUUGCCAUCGACACCAUUAUCAACCAGAAGCGCUUCAACGAUGGCACUGAUGAGAAGAAGAAGCUGUACUGCAUCUACGUCGCCAUUGGUCAGAAGAGAUCCACCGUGGCCCAGCUAGUGAAGAGGCUGACUGACGCCGACGCCAUGAGGUACACCAUUGUGGUGUCCGCCACAGCCUCCGAUGCCGCUCCCCUGCAGUACCUGGCCCCUUACUCUGGCUGCUCCAUGGGAGAGUUCUUCAGAGACAAUGGCAAGCACGCGCUCAUCAUCUACGACGAUUUGUCCAAGCAGGCUGUGGCUUACCGUCAGAUGUCCCUGCUGCUACGUCGUCCCCCCGGUCGUGAGGCCUACCCCGGGGAUGUGUUCUAUCUCCAUUCUCGUUUGCUAGAGAGAGCAGCCAAGAUGAACGAAAACUUCGGAGGCGGCUCCCUCACCGCCCUGCCCGUCAUUGAGACCCAGGCCGGUGAUGUUUCCGCCUACAUUCCAACCAAUGUCAUCUCCAUCACAGACGGACAGAUAUUCUUGGAGACUGAGUUGUUCUACAAAGGUAUUCGACCAGCCAUCAACGUAGGUCUGUCUGUGUCACGUGUCGGCUCUGCCGCCCAGACCAAAGCCAUGAAGCAGGUGGCUGGUACCAUGAAGCUGGAGCUGGCCCAGUACCGUGAGGUGGCUGCCUUCGCACAGUUUGGUUCUGACUUGGACGCUGCCACCCAGCAGCUUCUGAACCGUGGUGUUCGCCUUACUGAGCUCCUCAAGCAGGGGCAGUACUGCCCCAUGGCCAUUGAGGAGCAGGUUACAGUCAUCUAUGCUGGUGUGAGGGGACACUUGGACAAAAUGGACCCAACCAAGAUCACAAAGUUUGAGAAGGCUUUUCUUCAACAUGUUCUCAGCCAGCACCAGGAUCUCCUAGCACAAAUUAGAGCUGAUGGCAAAAUCUCAGAAACCGCAGAUGCCCAGCUUAAGCAGAUCGUCUUGACCUUCCUGGCAAGCUUUGAGUAGUCUUAUUUUUGGUCAACUAUUUUGUCAAUGUUUGCAUAGUGCGGAUGUUAAACUUUAAAAACAAAUCUGAAAAUAAAGUGCCAUUUGAUAUUACUGUACAGAUGUCUCCUAACAGAGAAUAAAGUCUUUCUACUCCAGGA